UGAGAUGGUUUUCUUUAAUGCAGUGAAUGCAAUGUAACCGUCUGCAAGAUAUUGUUUAGUAUACUAUAACCUUAAUAAUGAACGCUUGAAAUGAUCAUGACAUGAAUGAGACGCUUUCAUAACAAUAGUCCGUUCUGAGCCCAACACAGAGGUGAAUGUAAUGUAACCGUCGUGCAAGAGAUUGGUCACACAAGGAAGUUAUGUAUUGAAGCAACCGCAAGGCGAUGGCCUUCCAGGCGUUUAGGACGAAUGGCGCCCCCACAUACUACGAUGCUAACCCCACCCCCUGGCAGGCGGACGUCCUGGGGGCGGGGCUGAUAUUUGCGUUCUGCAGCGUGGCCUUUUCUUUAUUCAUCAUCCUUCCCGGAAUAAGGGGCAAAGAGAAAAUUUACACGUUUAUCCGGGUUACGGUCAGCCUUUAUAUAGGAGCAGUUAUAGUGUUGACCAACUGGAGCUACUCGUUGGACUCGUGGGAGACGGCGCAUAUUCACACCCGCACCAAAUACAAGGCCGGCACGGGCAAGGAGAUUUCCGCCGUCAUCGGCGUUUACAUCGGGCUCCGUGGCGUUAACAUAACACUGAAAGGCACACCGGAGACGCAGCUGAAUGAGACCAUCAACUACAAUGAACACUUUAGCUGGGAGUGGGACCGGGGGUGUGUAGGUUUCGGACCUAAUGCGGGGCCGUUCAACCAGGCGUACCGUGCGGCCCAGUACCGGGGUCUGCCCCUACCGAUACUGUGGAUAGCCGAGUACUUCACGAUUGACGGCGAGGGGAUCAGCUGGGGACGUCAUUACCGACAGGCUGGCUGGUUCUCACACAUUUCGCUAUGGCUAUGUUUCCCGCUUUGGAUACUGACGAACGUCUUAUUCUUCGUGCUUCUCAAGUAUGGCGCGUGCUGUCUCGUUCUGACCGGUGUCUGCAUGAAUAUCUCCAACUUCAUUUGGUACAAGUGUAGGAACGUGAACGAUCUGAAGAUACCUUUUGUGGCUGGCUUUAUGGAGUUCUCGUUCGGAGGAUCGUUUUAUGUUUGUCUCGGCACGGGGAUUCUGUGCAUCCUCUGCGGGGCAAUUGUGUGGGUCCUUGACCAUCAAAUACCCAACGCCGCGACUACGUUCUUUGGAGUUGACGUACUACAAGACGAUAACGUCACGACACUAUGGUAUUGCGACGAACCGACAGACGAAAAGAUGCAGGAGAAGAACGCUACCGGUAUUGAAAUGAGACCGACGCCCUGCGUGGUAGCGGCGCCAACCACGGCGGAAGAGGACGACGAUGAAUCGAUAUACGCACCUACAGAAGCGCCGCAACCGCCACCAAAAUACGAGAAUCGGAAGUUACUUGGUGUGACGGUCAGGAAGUUUCAGAAACCCCGCAGGCACCGCCCUCCGCCCCCACCUCCGGAGGGACAGGACUUAGUGCAAGAUGAUAUGCAUGUAAACGAAAGGUAUGCCGAAGGGGCGGAUGAAGUAAGGGUCAACAUAAACCAAAAGAGUGUUUACUACGGCGUACCGACUGAUGACUUGUAACCUGCAACUUCAAAUUACCACAUUUAACAGAUUAUUUCUAAAUAUAAAUAUCUGACAACGUUUCAACACAUAUAAGUGACAACUUCCAAUUUAACUGAGCUAACAUCUGACAUUUUAGACACAUUUCAAGCUGACUAACACGUUCAACAAAUAGGACUUUUUCAGAUAUUAUUCUACGACGGAAAACGUAAAGAUAAACAUAUCUAUGGCAAGCGGUUCGACGCAUAAUCCCAAGAAACUAGGUUUCUAAUGAGAACCUAGGUUCUCGCUUGAAGAUUGCAGAUGGCUUCAAGAACCCAAGUUUUCCAAUGAGAACCUAGGUUCUCAUUUGAAAACCUAGGUUCUCAUGAGAACCUAGGUUCUCAGAAUAUAUGCAAUAUAUGCUUGAUUCAGUAAGUUUAUUGCAGCAAUAUAUGUACCAUUCAGUAAGUUUAUUGCAGCAAUAUAUGCACGAUUCAGUAAUUUUAUUGAAGCAAUAUAUGCACGAUUCAGUAAGUUUAUUGCAGCAAUAUAUGCACGAUUCAGUAAGUUUAUUGCAGGAAUCCUCCAAUCCAUGACACCAAGCGUGUCACAAUAUUUCAUGCCCAAUGUGUGUUGUUAAUGAAGGCAAUCUGUGAAUAUUUUCUAAGUAAAUGUUGUUACUAUUUGAAAACGUAUAUCCAUGACAACCAAAAUACAGGGUAAGGCGCAGGGUAAGAGGCGACUUAGUUAAAGAUUACACCGUUUUGUAGCUGUAUUGCCAGUUGAAGUCAAUAGUUAAAAUGUUUUCGAAAACUCACUAAUGCAUUUCAUUGUACAAUAUAGGACUGUCAUAAAGAGAAGUAAUCAUUAAACAUAUGUUUUUUUGCGACAAAACUGCAUGUAUGUAUUGAGAUGUAAUGGUAGUAUGGGGUGCUACUUUAAAUAAAAACCAAAUCAGUCUCUUUUUUUUAUUUAAAGAAUUUUAGAACACAUGCUGAACAAGUUUUGUAUUUUUUUAAGUUUGCUAGUUAUUUAGAUCUACAUUAUAACAUCUGUUUAAGCAUAUAUUUUAUAUAAUCCCAUUUUUUAUAUUUUGCUUUUAUAUUUGUUUGUAUAUCAUAUUUUUCAAUUAAUAAAACUUAAGUCUG